ACAUUGUUAUUUCGAUUUAUUCCCGAACGAAUAACACUGAUACGUUGUAUGUAUACCGCACACAAGUUCGGUCCAAGACGAGAAUAGUUUUAAAAAGAUAGCAAUAUGGAUGGUCCCGAUCAGCUGAGGAAUUUGCAACAAUUGAAAAAGUUAAAGUUUGACGAUGAAAAGUAUAGAACGGCCACGUCAAUGGAUCAGGUCGAUACAGAACGUCGUGUCGAAAAAUGCUACGAUCGUUUUGAGCAGCUACGUUAUUUGGAUAAUAGGAAGGCACUACCAACCAUACAUCGUUUGCAGCACAUCAAAUUCUUGGAGAAUAUGUUGCGAUCGCUGUCAACAAAUUAUGAAUGCUUGGACAGUAGUCGACCAUGGUUGAUUUAUUGGAUUUUAAAUGCUGCACACUUGUUAAAUUCCCGUUUUCCAGACGAUUUGUUAUCGCGCGUUGUAAAAUUUUUAGUCAAAUGUCGUUCAAAAACUGGUGGAUUUGGCGGUGGGCCGGGUCAGGUGCCACAUUUAGCCACAACAUACGGAUCGGUUAAUGCUCUGUGCAUAAUUGGAACACCAGAGGCAUAUGAUGCCAUCGAUAAACCGACGCUGUUAAAUUUUUUGUAUCGUGUUCGUGAUGAUAAAAUUGGUGCCUUUCGCAUGGAUACAGACGGUGAAAUUGAUGUACGUGGCGCAUACUGUGCCGUUUCUGUAGCAAAAUUAGUAAACAUAUCGGCUGAAGAGGAGGCGAAACUGUUCAACGGAACCGUCGAUUGGAUUGCAUCGUGUCAAACGUAUGAGGGUGGAAUGGGAGGUGUUCCCGAUAAAGAAGCGCACGGUGGCUACACAUUUUGUGGUAUCGCUGCACUUGCGUUGCUUGGAUCAACGGGCAAAUGUAAUUUAGAUGCUUUACUUAGAUGGACGGUGAAUAAGCAAAUGAAAUUCGAAGGUGGCUUCCAAGGAAGGACAAACAAACUGGUUGAUGGAUGUUAUUCGUUUUGGUGUGGAGCAAUCGUACCUAUCGUUCAAGCUAUUAUCAGUAAAAAAGAACCGUAUUUGAGUCGAAUACUCACGAAACCCGUAUUCGAUGUGAGAGCAUUGCAGGAGUACAUAUUUAUUUGUUGUCAACGUCCAUCAGGCGGUUUAAUCGAUAAGCCUGACACACCGCCCGAUCUCUAUCACACAUGCUAUACACUGAGCGGUGUUUCAGUUGCACAGCAUUCAGAAGUUGAUGCCGAUCCAUUUGUUAUAGGCGAUAUACUGAAUAACGAACUAUUGCCAACACAUCCAUUAUACAAUACGCCACCGAAGUGUGUUUGGCAGGCAUUUAUGCAUUUUCAGAACUACGAUGACGCUGGCGAAUGUAGUUCCAAUGGUGACCAAACCAAUCAAGACAAUGGUGACAAAGGUGGCUUAAAUGGCCAUCAAUAAAAAAAAGAAGAAGAAAAUCAACCAGACCAUGUUCCGUUCUAUCCAGUUACUAGAUCAAUUUUAUUUACCUCAUCAUUUGUACUUCGGUUUCGGUAGCGCAUUUGUUUUAGACUAACAAAUUCUAGAUUAGACACCACCAUGAAUAAAACUUUUUUUUAAACCAUG